AUGCGUGUUUCUCGACAUGUCCAUGAAGACACGCCCAAUUCUGACCUGAUUCGAGGAAAUCAACGAGGCUUCCUUUUUCCCUCACAAAGCUCAUAUCUACCUUCAUUUUUGCUUUAUUUUAGUCGAUGUGAUUCUUGUCUCUUUCAUAUUCACCGUUUUAUUUUCGCAAUCUUUUCCGCGCCAUCUCUUCAAGCAUUGAUAUCGGAGUCAGUCAAGGAGAAUCAGUCUUUCCUAAACAUUCCUCGCGUCAUUACUAACUUUUCCAUCUUGCUCUCCCUUUUUACCACAUUUCCAUCUAUCUAUCUAUCUAUCUAUCUAUCUAUCUAUCUAUCUAUCUAUCUAUCUAUCUUUCUUUCUUCUCGUUAUAUUCAUAUCUAUCUAUAUAUUUUCUUGUUCACAUGGAUCUACUGUUCCAUCUAUUAUCAAACAAGUAAUUGUCUAAGCGAAUCUAAGAUGUGGUACAAGAAGAAUUUUCUAGGCCUAUCUAUCUAUCUAUCUAUCUAUCUAUCUAUCUAUCUAUCUAUCUAUCUCUGUUCUUCUUAUAUCAUAUCUAUCUAUCUAUCUAUCUAUCUAUCUAUCUAUCUAUCUAUCUAUCUAUCUAUCUGCUUGUUUGUUUUCUAA